UGGACUUUAAGUUAUAAGUAUAGGUGCUGGUGGGCGAUGACUCUUGGUUACACAGUGGCUAUUGUGGCGGUUAGGCGACAGUGCCAACAUGAAACUAGCAGUAAUCGCGGUGGUGUUGUGCGUUUGCUUGUCAGCGUCAGCAGACGUUGCACACCUCAAAGCAGCCAAGUCUCGACUAGCAGCCAAGUUGAUAGGACACGCCAGACAUCACAAGAGAGGCAUUUUGUCACCCGUGCCGACCUUCAAACUAGGACAUGAUAUCCCACUAGUUACACAUUCAGUUGUGAAGCCGUUCGUGGUGACAUACCCCCCGACUGCCUCUGUGACCGCAGUGAAAGUGCCACUCGUACAUCCCUUCGCUCAUCGAUAUCCAGUUCCAGUAGGUCAUAAAGUGCCAGUACCCCAUCCACAUUAUGGGUUGAAAUUCCCACAUACAAAACAAGUACUUGUACAAAAACCUGAUCACCACUUCCAUCAUCACCAUCACCAUCUGGAGCCUAAGCCUUUGAUCCCAGUUGUGCCCGCAGAUCCCCUUCCCCCUACCCCACUAGUACCUGUCGCACAACCAACUGGUACUGUUGUACAUCCAAUCCCUGCCCCACCACCAGUUGUCGUGCGUCCUGAAUCAGUAUUACCUGCACAUCAUAUACCCGUUGGACCACCUCCUCUUCAAUUGUUACCCCAAGGCCAGGUGCAUGUUAAACCUAUUCUCCCCGCUGCUACUGUGGCACUUCAACCAGCUACAAUUCCCCUUCCUCCGACUCCUGUUGUACCAGCUCCAGCUCCGAUAGUUCCAUUGGCUCCUCAAUAUCCUUAUGUGAUUCGUCCAGGCGGUGCUGUUCAAACUUCUUAUUUUGCCACCUAUCCCAGAUACCCGCUGUUGAACUACAAUAGUUUAUUCCCACUAUCGGCUCCAGUGGCACCGGCUCCUGUUGGACCGUUGCUGUAUGACCAGCCAACGGCACCACAUUUGCACUUUGUCCCACAAGCGGCACCAGGGGCGGGUGUUCAUGACCAACCAGCUCCAACCGUUCAUUUGGAACCGACUCCCACUUUGGUGCACCCUACACAACCUGUACCCCAACCCACUCUCCACCUUCACCCUACUCAGCCAGCCGUUCACCUGCAUCCCGCCCAGCCGGCAAUUCAUCUUCAACCUACACAACCGGCUCCGAUUCCAUUUGACCACAACGGUUGGUCUCCAGUUCCAGCUCAGCCCCACGAUAUUGGAUCAACGCAACAUACAGAAGCCCACUUCCCCCAAGCGCAAGAUUCCCACCACUUCACUCAGCAGCAAGGCACUCAGGUAUUCGAGCAACAUACGGGCGAUGACCAACAAUAUCAUGAUCUGCAUAAUCUGCAACAUCACAUACAGCAGCAGAUAGAUCAAGCUCAAUAUGAACAGCAUCUUAAUAAUCAGCACCAGCUAAGUCAAGAGUACGGAGCACAACACCAUCUCAGUCACGAAUACGGGCAGCCGAAUCAGGACUUUUCGCAUGAUUAUUCUCAACAUGGGCAGGAUUACUCCCAACAUGGACAGGAUUUCUCUCAGCAAGAUUUCUCACAGGCUCACGAAUACGCACAACACGCCCAAGAUUACGCUCAUCAUGAACAGCAAUAUAACCUGCAGCAACCUGGACAAGAGUAUGGAGUGCCACAUGCUGAAGGAAGGAGUGAGGAUACUGCUUCGCCAGGAGCUCCAGAAGGGGAAGGAGAUCAACGCUAUCAGACACAAUUCCCCUCAGGUCUACAGCUGCCAUUGGAAAGGCCACUCGAUCACUUUCGGUAACCAGUCGAACUGCCUAUCGUACUCAUCUCGUCAAAUAUUGUGAUAUGACGAAUGUUGUGAAUUGUAAAGUAGUUAUGUAAGCAUUUCUUAGUCUAGCUCAAUUGUAAAUAACGUACCUAUGAUAAUUUAAGUAUUUAUUGAUUAAUAAAUAAUAUUAAUUGUUUUGUAGUUAGAUGAUUUUGUACGUUACCUUACA